ACACUACCUACCGUACCUGUCUUCUCAUAGUCUUAUCAAUCAGCCUUUUGCAAGAAAACAUGAGCAGACAGAAGGUGUAUUUGGACAAACUGUCCCGGUUCUUCCAGAUCCGUAACCUGCUGCUUCGCCAGGCCCUGGCAGAGUGUCUUGGCACUCUCAUCCUUGUGAUGUUCGGUUGCGGUGCUGUGGCCCAGCUGGUGUUGAGUGGUGGUUCCCAUGGCAUGUUCCUCACAGUCAACUUUGCCUUUGGCUUCGCUGCCAUGUUAGGCAUCCUGGUCUGUGGCCAGACAUCAGGUGGCCAUCUGAACCCUGCAGUGACCUUUGCCCUAUGCCUGCUCGGAAGAGAGCGCUGGAGGAAGUUCCCCGUGUACUUCCUCUUUCAGACAAUCGGUGGUUUUUUCGGUGCUGCUAUCAUUUUCGGCAUGUACUACGAUGCCCUGUGGGACUUUCCUGGAGCUUUCAAUGUGACUGGGCCCAAUGCCACAGCUGGCAUUUUUGCUACGUACCCUGGAAAACAUCUCACUAUUGUCAAUGGAUUCUUUGACCAGAUCAUUGGCACAGCAGCGCUGAUUGUGUGUAUUCUGGCUAUUAUGGAUCCAUACAACAACCCCAUCCCCCAAGGACUGGAGGCCUUUACUGUGGGAUUUGUGGUUCUGGUCAUUGGAUUGUCUAUGGGCUUUAACUCUGGCUAUGCUGUCAAUCCUGCCAGAGACCUCGGACCACGUCUUUUCACCGCUAUUGCUGGGUGGGGCGGCGAAGUUUUCACGGUUAGAAAAGGCUGGUUCCUGGUGCCUGUUUUUGCCCCAUUCCUUGGCACCAUCAUCGGUGUGAUCAUCUACCAGAUGAUGGUUGGCUUCCAUGUGGAGGGAGAAGUGCGUGACCGCAAAGGCCUCGAGGAGGAGAAUGUCCAACUCACCGAUGUCACCACUAAUGACAAAACCAAUGACAAAACCAAAACCAUUCACUGAUUGUGUUAGAGAGCUACACACUUGCACAUUCUGUAAAUACAGACACAUUCCAGCAUUUUUCCUUCCAGCCACAAUUUUUUUGUUUUACAAACCACCUUCACAGCUGUUGGGUUAUCUCCCAAAUUAGCUGCAUGUUUGUGAAUAAAGCCCCCUCUCUUAACAUUAUCAUGUGAUUGUAUUAUAUUAUAGAGAAUGAUUGUGUUUCGAGUGGAGAAACACAACUUCAGAAACACAGAAUUACAUUAAUUCUUUUAGGAGAUGAACAUUUGGAUCUUAGAGUCUAUAGCACUCCAGAUUGAACAGUAUUGUAUGCUUCAUACUAAUGUAGUUUUAUAGAAGUUUUUACAUUGUAGAUAUAUAUAUAUAUGUUUAGACAGACGUGUGCUCACAAUAACCAAUUUCUUUGCAUUUCCUCCGUCCAAAACCUUUCACUUUCACGAUUAACAUUUGAGUUCAGGAAAAUUGUCAGGAAAUUGGGAAAUACAAAUUUCAAUCUUCAACUUUAAAAAAUGACACGUUGAAAUAUAUUGAGCAUUUUAAGUAAGUGAAGGGAUGCCAUCCAUGUAGACUACGUCAACUCUGUUGUUCAGAGCUGACACAUGGUGAAGCUAAAUCUUUCCCACAACAUUCUUCACUUCAUCAGGGCUAUCUAGAAGCAGCCAUAAUAAAGCUGCUGUCUUUUUAUAUACACUGAUUUUGCCCUGUUUAAGACCAAACCAGCAACUCUUAAAGAAGCUUACAAUUAUUUUGAUAUGUCAUCAGCUAGCAAACUUGAUAAUUUGGCCUUUAUAUGAACUAAAUGUUAUUAGAGGAAUCAUUGUAGCCUUCUAAUUUGAUGCCUUAAAAUAUCAGAUGUGUUAACAAGUGACAACAUUAACUAUCUGUCUUUAAAUUGUUAUGGCUUAUGCCUAUUGUAGUGUACAUUGUGUAUGACUCCUUGAUUGGGUGCUAAACUGGACUGUUAGCCUCUUGGUAGAAAGUAUGUAGGUUGAGGGGAAAUGCUUUUGUACUGAUACAAUAAAGUUCUCUUUUAGAUUGUU